AUCAUGGUUUGUGUUGCUUUCAAAGCCACCAAGCCAGGGAGCUCAUGGAGAAAAUGGGUGGGAGUCAAACUAUCCAAUUCUGUAGUCUUGUUCUGCUCAUCCAUUCAAAUAAUAAUCUGCAUGACUUGGUUGGCCAUUUCUCCUCCCUUUCAGGAACUGGACCUUCACACUUACCCUGGAACCAUCAUCAUUCAGUGCAAUGAGGGCUCAGCUAUUGGCUUUUACUCAGUUAUUGGGUAUAUGGGGCUUCUGGCAGCUGUUAGUUUUGUUUUAGCAUUUUUAGCUCGGACAUUACCGGACAGUUUUAAUGAGGCCAAGUACAUCACUUUCAGCAUGUUGCUCUUCUGCAGUGUUUGGAUCACAAUGAUCCCGGCCUAUCUGAGCACCAAAGGCAAAAACACUGUGUGUGUGGAGAUAUUUGCCAUACUCACCUCAAGUGCUGGACUUUUAGCCUGUAUAUUUCUUCCAAAAUGUUACACAAUUUUGUUUAGACCUGAUAUUAAUAAAAAAUCUCAUUUAUUUUUAGUCAAAACCUAACCAUUAUGCAUCAAUUUAUUUAAAUUGAAUGCAUAGCAUAAAUACUGUAUUUCCAUCAAAAUGUAAAAGUGGCACAGUUUUUAGCCAGUGCCAAUUUAGAUAAUGUUGGGUAUGUUAUU